UUGAUGACGCCGCCAUCUUGAAAAGUGCCGUCUUGAUGGUGUAGUUAUCUAUAUUUUUUGGCGCCUGUCAGAAUCUGUUGUUAUCGUCAACAGUUUAUUUUUUCACCACUAUCUGUAUGUUUGUACUUAAUUUUAUUUUUAUUUUUGGUUACACUUUUAUCUUAAGAGUUCUUCCGGAGCUUCAUGUCGGGAUCUUAAUCACUCUUUAUCGGUGUGUGUUGAGUGUGUGUCCGUGGCCGAGGGGGGUGUGUGUGUGUGUGUGCGCGCGUGUGUAUGUGUGUGUGUCUCUCUCUCUCUCUCUCGUACCCGCAGUGCCUGGAAUGGGCCAGAAGUCCCAAAGAGCUUCAGCAUUAUUUUCUUUUUAAUCAGAUUUUUUUUACCCUCUGAGCUCCAUCGCGCUCAGAAGAGCCAUGUUUUGGAAGUUUGACCUGCACACGACCUCUCACAUCGACACGCUCCUGGACAGAGAGGACUUGACCCUGAGGGAGGUGAUGGACGAGGAGGACGUCCUACAGGAGUGUAAAGCGCAGAACCACAAGCUGGUGGACUUCCUGAUCCGGCCGCAGUGCAUGGUGGACCUGGUGGACUUCAUCACGCAGGAGCCCUGCGACGAUGUCGAGGAGAAAAUCAAAUACAAGUACCCAAACAUAUCCUGUGAACUCCUCACGUCAGACGUCAGUCAGAUCAACGACCGGUUAGGUGAGGACGAUGGCUUACUCAUGAAACUGUACGGGUUCCUGCAGAACGAGCCGCCGCUCAACCCUCUGCUAGCCAGCUUCUUCAGCAAAGUGCUGAGCAUCCUCAUCGGGAGGAAGCCGGACCAGAUUGUGGAAUUCUUGAGAAAGAGAGAAGACUUUGUGGAUCUGAUGAUUAAGCACAUAGGAACCUCAGCCAUCAUGGACCUGCUGCUCAGGAUGCUCACCUGCAUCGAACCUCAGCAGCUCAGACAAGACGUUCUAAACUGGUUGAACGAGGAGAAGGUGAUCCAGCGGCUGGUGGACAUGGUACAGCCCUCUCAGGACGAGGAUAGGCACUCGAAUGCAUCUCAGUCCCUGUGUGAGAUCAUUCGCCUGAGCAGAGAUCAGAUGUUCCAGGUGCAGGGUUCCUCAGAGCCUGACCCUCUGCUCGCCACACUGGAGAAACAAGAGACUGUAGAGCAGCUACUGUCUAAUAUCUUCGACAAAGAGAAGAACGAAUCUGCGAUAGUCAGCGUGAUCCAGAUCCUCCUCACGCUCUUCGAGACACGGAGACCAGCGUUCGAGGGUCACCUGGAUCUCUGUCCUCCAGGAAUGAGCCACCCGUCUUUCUCCGUUAAUCAGAGCAUCCUCGAGGCGGUCAGACCAAGACUGAAAGAUUUCCAUCAGCUCCUCCAAGAGCCUCCGAAGAAAACAGUGCUGAAGACGACGUGGGGUGUUUUGGACCCACCGGUGGGGAACACACGCCUCAACGUGGUGAGACUGGUGGCCAGCCUUCUACAGACCAACACACACGUCAUCAACCAGGAACUCAUCAACCUAAACAUGCUGGGAAUCAUCCUCGAUAUGUAUUUCAAAUACAUUUGGAACAACUUCCUGCACAUACAAGUAGAAAUCUGUAUAGCCAUGAUCUUAGCCAUGCCUCCGACCCAGAACGACUCUGAGAUCAACAGAGACGACGAUCAGGAGCCGGUCCGAGAAAACAUCCUCAUCACACACGUGAGCGUCAGCCUUCGUUCACUACAACACGCACGCACGUAUAUACGUAACAUUUUAAUUUAUUUUAUUUGCUGUAUUUUUUCCUCACAGCUUUUUCAGAAGUGUCGGUUGGUACAGAGGAUCCUGGAGGCGUGGAGCUCUAAUGAGAAAGAGCAGGCUGAAGGAGGGCGUAGGAGAGGUUAUAUGGGACAUCUCACCAGAAUCGCCAACUCUAUAGUGCACAACAGUGAUAAGGGUCCGAACGGAGUUCAGAUUCAGCAGCUCCUCUCAGAGCUCCAGGAGGAUGAACGGGAAAGAUGGGAGGCCUUCACCUCGGGGCAGUUAGCAGACACGAACAAGAAAAACACUGUAGAUUUAGUUAAUACGCAUCACAUUCACUCCUCCAGCGAUGACGAGGGCGACUUUAAAGACGGCGGCUUUCACCACGACUCGUCUCUGCAGCAGGCCUUUUCUGAUUAUCAGAUGCAACAAAUGACGUCCAAUUUUAUUGAGCAGUUCGGCUUCAAUGACGAAGAGUUUGCGGAUCAGGACGAUGUGGUGGAUAUUCCCUUUGAUAGAAUAUCAGACAUCAAUUUUUCCUUGAAUACAAAUGAGAGUGCAAACAUGGCUCUGUUUGAGGCGUGCUGUAAGGAGAAGAUCCAGCAGUUUGAGGACACGGGCUCAGACGAGGAGGACAUCUGGGACGAGAAGGAUGUGACAUUUGCUCCUGAAGCUCAGAGACGCUCCAGGAGCUCAGGCAGUACAGACAGUGAGGAGAGUACAGACUCCGAGGAGGAGGAUGUGAAGAGAGACCAGUUUGAGGCCUCGAACCCAGCUGCUGAUGACCGUAUGGAGGUGGACAGUGGAGAAGGCCCCGCCUGGACGGCCAGCUUUGACGACGUCCCCAUGGAAACUGGAGGCUCGUCGGCCCCACCCUCUUCCACCCCCUCCUCAUGGAGCACGCCCACCAACACCGUCGCCACGGAAACGGGCUGGGCCAACUUCUCCAGCUUCACUCCAGUCAGCCCUAAAGACCCCCUGAGGAGCAACUCCCCAGUUGCCAUGGAGACGAGUGCAGAGCCGGCAGACCCUCUGGGCGUUAACGCUCCCGCAGCAACGUCUCAGUGGGAUGCGUCUCCUCCUGCUGUUCAGUCCAGAGUUAGUGAUGUGGACGAGGAGGCGGUGGUGGACCGCAUCACUGAGACGGUCACUAAUGGCUCCAUGAAGGAAACACUCAGCCUUACUGUAGACGCCAAAACCGAAACUGCUGUGUUCAAGAGUGAGGAGGAGAACACAUCUACCUCUGAAGACACAUCUGCCAAGUACGCAGUGAGUGACGGCGAGGGUGAGAGGAGUGAGACGGCGAAUAACUGCCCCAAAUCAGGUGCAAAGCACGUAGAAGAGAAAACGAAAGCUACGUGUGAGGUUCUCAACGGUCCUCUGGAGAACACGGCGGUCAUGGAGGAAGCCAAGACGGAUCAGUGUUUGUCAGAGGAGGCGGCAGUGGUGAACGGCCCGGUGUGAUUGGGCGUGGCGGAUCACGUGACCAGGACCAGCAAUAUUGACGUUAAAGAGAACCUGUACAGAACCUCGGCCUGUAUGAAGAGGAGAUUAAACACCACAAUUUUUUUUUUCCUUUCGCAUUUGUUUCUACACUUCUUGUCCUUCUCUGAGGCGAUCUGUCCGAUAUCUCGCCCCUCGAGCGUUAACAGUACUGUUGCUAUAGUUACAAAGGAUUGUAUGAAUAAAAAUAUUUUAUAAAAGA